GCUCGAAAGCUGGAAGUGGUCGGAGCGGGGCACGGCACCCUGGUGAGCAUCCAGGCAGGGAAUCUGACCUGCGCUGUUGCAUGCUUGGGCAGAGGGCCCAGUCCUCCGCCUGGUUUUCAUUUAUUUGAGAGGAGGAUUCUGAAAUACAGCCAGGGAGUGCUGCAAUAAAAGCAGUUAAAUGAUGAUUUUUUUUUAAAUUUUUUUUUUUUUAAGUUGCUUGUCUUCAUUCCCAGUUGAAUGACGUGAAGCCUUGAGCUCAUCCUGGAAACUUCCUUCUUUUGCAGCAGCUGUCACGUCUCCAUCUCUUGGCACUUCUGCUCACAUGGGCCCAGGUGGGGAAAAAUCCUCUGGAUCCUGUCCCCACAUUCAGUCAAGAAGCCUUGGGGAUUCUGGCAUGUUGCUUUGUGCCUUGAAGAGUGAUUAUUCAACCCACCCAGCCUCAGGAAAAGCAGCUGCGAUAGCAAGGCAAGCUGAAAUGUGGUACACCAAGCAAGAAGGUAUAAAACACAGCAACAAGCUCUGCUGCAUGCUUGCUUGUCCCAGCCUGGCUCACGGGAGCACCCGUCCCCACCAAGCACGACUGUGGGUUGUCCCCAGAUCAACUUGCUGCCCUGCUGCAUGCAAAGCAUUGCCGGCUCCCCUCCUCACUCCUGAAGCUGGAGCUGCCACUGGGGUCCCAGAAAGGAACUUGCACCAUCCCUGGCGGGGAAUCGCGUGGUACCAUGGCAGAAGGCAGUGGCAGCUGUGCACGGGAGCCCCGAUCACCCUGGGCGGCACUGGCUGCCUGCACGACCGUCCCCACAACCUCCAGGGAACGGUGGGUGCCUGCACUGCUCCUCCUGUCACCCUGCUGACCCGGCAGCAAGUCACUCGCAUACACGUGGCACGGUUUGGGGACAGCAGCUGUGCUGCGUUUAAGCAGCGCAGGAUGUUUUCCUGGCCCUUUCGGGGCUGGACGUGCCAUCGGGGCAGUGCCCGUGCAGGACCGCACUGCUGCCAGGCACGCCAUGGCGAGCCCUGGCAAACCGGGAAAACUCUAGCUCCUCUGAAGAGCAGCACCAUGUCUCUUAAAGAGAGCGUUCAGCUGCCCACAAGGUAG